GUGAGACACACACGUAUCCUCUGUACAGUCUCAGUGUUCAGCUUCAUCAUGGCCGGACGUCUGCUGUUUGUCUUCUUCAUGUAUGUCUUUAAUGGGAUUCAAACAGAAGCUGGUCUUCCACCUAAACUUACAGUGAAUUCAGCGGUGAUCAAAGAGACAGACUCAGUCACACUGAACUGUCAGACUCCAUCAUCUGUGUCUCAGUGUUAUUACCAAACUUUAAGUGGAGAAACUGUGAGGAUAUUAUCCUGUCAGCAGACACUGACAGGAAGUGAACUGCUGAAGAUGGAUCAUCAGAGUUCAUCUGCUGAGGUCAAAGUGGAAUGUUUUUACAUUGUUCAGAUUGGAGACAAACAUUUUCCAUCUCCACACAGUGACACAGUCUCCAUCAGCAUACAAAGUGAGACAAACUCAAACAAGGAGAGUCUCAGCACUUUGACAACCUCAGUUUCUAUUGUAACUUCACCUGCUGAUCAAGGUUGGACUAUGGGCACAAGUAUAAAUGGUGGUUCCACUGUUACCUCCCAAACACCAGGGACACCAGAAUCAGAGAAGAUCAUGUGGGUGAUCGCAGCAGCUGUGACAGGGGGUGUCCUCCUGCUGGGAUUGGCCCUUCUCUUUGCUCAGAGCAGAAUUGAUAAAUGUGAUUCCAAAAGAACAAAAGCAAACAUCGCAGGUAAAUCCAAAGAUGAUCAGAAAUAUAUGGGUGGUUAUGAUGAAAUUUACAGUAUCGUCUUCUAUGAAUGCAACAUUGAGUGAAAACUGCAGCACCUCAGAGAUGAAGGCUACAUCAGCUCAGAGAGAUACAGAGUGUUCAAAGCUCUCUGACAUUAGCUCAGAGGAAAAUGUUGUUUCCUGUAUUAUUAUCACAUUUAUUUCUCAUGUACAGCUUCAUUGCUUAAAUGAAUAACAUCUUUAUCAAAGUAGACAUUAGCACGGUGAACUGGUCUACUGCAUUGAUAGAAACAAAGAAAUCAGAAACUGAAUAAAGUUAGAAGAUAAUAUCUCCUGUAUCACAAUGUUUGAAAUAAUAAAUAU